UUCUUGUGCACGGUUGUCUACAGUACAAGCUCUACUGGCUUGUGCGUCGAUCCCCGUGCCACCGGAGCUGACCACUGUGGCCAAUUAUCAUCCGCCCCCGACUGCCGUGUUGCCGCAUUGGGUGAUUACAUGGUUGACCUAUCAAAGCUAUCGUCUAUUGCAUGCUGGUGCAUCCGAGUCCAUACGUCGGUUCGUGCGUUCCGUCCUGGAGUCAGCCACUCUACCUCCACCACCACCACUACCGAUGCCCCCCAGUGUACAGACUGCAUGUGCCAUGCUGGACACCGUAGCCGGUUGGUACGAUGAGAACCGAGUGGAUACACAUUUUUGGAUCUCUUCCUGUCUGACUCACCUGCUGUUCCUUGGCGAUGAAACUCCGAAACUUGUGUAUCAGUGGCUCAUCGAACAGCUUGAGUGCAUACUGAACCACUCGACUUCCGACAUAAACUCAAACUCGUUCACUGGUUUGAUACACGUCUUGCUUCGACUCGGUCUGGCCACAGUUCCCAUGCCACCUUCGGUCCCUUCAAUGCUUGAACCGGGCGCCCCUGUUCCUCCUGGACCACCCUCGAAUGCUACAGUUCCUGGGUCUGGUCCGGUUGCUUCGGUCAACACGACACCGUUUAUGACAUCCGCAAUGGCAUCAAAUUCGGCUCACGCCAGAUAUCCCCUUGGCCCGGCCAACUAUUCCGGUUUUCCACUCCUCCUCCCGCCUCACCCGUCCUCCGAUCCGUUUGGUCCUGGUCCAACCGGUGGUCCUAUGCAAUCAGCCCCGGGUGGUGCGAUGCCUCCCUAUUAUCCGCAAUCUAUGCGACGUCCAAACACUGGAACUGCUCCAUUCCCACCUCGUGCAAUGUUUGGUGCUGGUCAACCGCCAGGACGCAGCCCUCACAACAUGCACGUGGGUCCAUCAUUAGGGAUUUAUCCGAACACUCCUCAAUCGAACAACAGUCUAUCAUCAUCAUCCAAUCGCCCCAGGCGUCACGGGAUUCGGCUGGAACAGAAUCAGCCGUCCAGUCCCCCCACGGGAGCGGUCACCUCAACCGAGUGGACCGUGUGCACUCCGACUCGUCAACCCGCGUCGCUUGUGUGGUUGCUCAAUCUGGCCAAAUUGCUUCGUGUGGCCUCAGUGACAGCACUAGCUCAUGCGUUGCCUUCGCUGACCCGAGGAGGACCGUCGGACCGGGUCAAUGUGGAUCGUGUACUUGCCUGUGCCAUCGAUCCUCGACAAUUGUCCACAGAGAGCCCUAUUCUGGUUCACUUGGCCACGGAAAUGUUACUCACAGCACCAGGUAGUUCCCCGCUGUCUAUGCGUGUUUUCCAUCAACUAAAAAUUGAACCAGUUCACGUUCACUUGCUACAUAGGUGA